AUCAAAUAUUCACGAGGUUUCAACAAGGCUAGCUAGUGCACUAGUUUUAAAUCUAGUUUAGCCAUGUCCAUCUCCAAAGCUUUAGUUGCUUCUGUUCUAUCUCUCUCCUCCUUAUGAUCCAUCUCAAUGAGGCUUAUCAGAUGCAUUUGAGGGAUGCUGCAGGUGAACAAUAAUGUAGCAAAGGAUUCUCUCCCCAAACAAAUCGAUUGUGGAGCAGCAUGUACUGCGAGGUGUCAGCUGUCGUCGAGGCAGCGUCUGUGUAAGAGGGCAUGCGGGACUUGCUGUGCCCGUUGCAAUUGUGUUCCUCCAGGCACUUCAGGCAAUCAAGAGGUCUGUCCCUGCUACGCCAACAUGACCACCCAUGCCAACCGACGCAAGUGCCCUUGAAACGUAUAUAUGGAAAUCAUGCCGUUUAUAUAUGAUGUAUAAUUAUAUAUGUAAGUACUAAAAUAAGCAUAUCGCUUUGUUACAAGUA